GGAAGGUGAACAGAUUCACCAUGUGGACUCUCUUGGUUCUUUGCAGCGUGAUCGCCUCACAUGGAGGUCAAGGAUACCCUUGGGGAACAACACCAGGUUCUUGCAGAUACAACUGUGGCUGGGAUCUUGGUUCCUGCUCGUGCGAUUAUGACUGUGAAUGGCGGGGGUCCUGCUGCUCAGACUAUAGAGAUUACUGCAUGGACACCACUUACAUGCCAGAAACAACAACAGAUCUGCCCUCAUGUCUUUACAACUGCGGCAGUUACCUGGGAAGCUGCUCCUGCGAGAGCUCUUGUCAUUACUAUGGCAGCUGUUGCCCUGACUACAACUAUUACUGCCCAAUGCCGACCACAACACUGCAACCUGAUACAACUGACACAGACAUCACGCAUUGGUAUACGUGUCAAGGCAACUGCGGCAUAGACAUGGGUAUCUGCUCCUGCACCAGCUCUUGUGAAUACCGUGGAAACUGUUGCUAUCACUACAGAGAUUACUGCCUCGACACCACAGCCGAUCUAUGGACAACAGGUCAGCCCUCGUGUCGUUACAACUGUGGCUGGGACAUGGGAAGCUGCUCCUGCAGAAGCUCUUGUCUAAACUAUGGCAACUGUUGUGAUGACUUCUACAGUUACUGUGACUACUCUACUACUGAAGGAUCAUUGAUAACAGAUAACCCCUCAUGUCAUGGGAAAUGUGGCUGGGACAUGGGAAGCUGCUCCUGCACAAGGUCUUGUGUGAAAAAUCACAACUGCUGCAAUGACUACUACGGUUACUGCUACAACUACCACACUACUGAAGAACCAGAAACUGCAAUAAGUCAGCCCUCAUGUGGUUGGUACUGUGGCUCGGACAUGGGAAGCUGCUCCUGUGCAAGCUCUUGUGUAUACUAUGGCAACUGCUGCAAUGACUACUACGAUUACUGCUACUACUACCACAGUACUGUAGGACCAGAAACUGCAACAGCACCGCCCUGUGGAGGCUCUCUGUUUGGCUCUGGUACCUUCUCCAGCCCCAACCACCCCGACCACUACCACGACAAUGCCUACUGUGUCUGGCAGCUCAGGACUUCGUUCGACCAGAGAAUCUUCCUGUCAUUCACAUACCUCCAAUUGGAGAACUGCUGCGACUGUGACUACGUUUCCAUCUACGAUGGGCCAUCUGUCGGCUCUAGAUAUCUGGGGAAAGUGUGCAACGACAGUCUCAGUACUUUCUACUCCACUUCCAACUACAUGACUGUGCUCUUCAGGACUGAUAUGUCUGUGGUUGCCCGAGGGUUCAAUGCUGAGUUCAUAAGUUCACUGCCACCAAGCUCAGGUCGAGUGGACUGUUCCUCAGACAACAUGAACAUUGUGAUCGAUAAGAGUUACCUGAACUCUCUCGGCUACGAUGCCCACAAUCUGUACCUGAGUGACCCACAUUGCAGACCCCAGAUUUCCAGCUAUUCGGUGGUCUUCAGCUUCCCCAUUAAUACUUGUGGCAAUGUUCGAGAGUUUCAGAACGGCAGAGUUGUGUACACCAACACUAUCCGUGCCUACAGCUCCAACUCUGGAGAGAUCACACGGCAGUCUCACCUUAAGAUGAACGUGAGCUGUCGAAUGGAGCAGGACUCAGUGUCUCAGAUCAUGUACGUUGUCCAUGAUCAUGACAACACCAGCAUUACAGGCACAGGCAGAUUCAACACCAGCAUGGAUUUCUACACAUCCAGCAGCUUCUUCUACAAGGUGACUGAAGUUCCAUAUAAGGUGAAACUUAACCAGCGAUUGUACGUCCAAGUGAACCUGAGGAGAAGUGACAGUUCCCUGGUUCUCUUUCUUGACACCUGUGUGACUUCACCAUCACCCCAUGACUUCCAGAGCAGAUCUUACGACCUGGUCCGCAACGGCUGUCCUGUGGAUGACACCUACGCGGCCUACAGCACUGGCACUCGUCCCUAUGCCCGUUUCAGAUUUCAGGCUUUCCAGUUUUUGCGUGCCUCGGAUACAGUGUACAUCCAGUGCAAGGUCCUGAUAUGCCAAGCCUCUGACUACAAUUCGCGCUGCCGCCAAGGCUGUAACAAACGUGUGGCCAGAGACCUGGGGUCAGAACACGACAGUGAAACUCUGGUCCUGGGUCCAAUCCAACUUGAAGACCCUGAGCAAAAGGAGGAAGAGACUCAGGAGCAGGACGAGGCUUGACUUGAUUCUCCAAUGAGCAGCUUUAAUUAUCUUUACUAAUCAUUACAGCAUAUUCUGUUCAUUGUGACAUUGAAUUAUAUUCACCAUUUAUCACAAUACCUGAUUAAAAGCAUCAUCAAAAGACAA